GUCGAACUCGUCUGAGAGAUGAAAGGUCUCGCGUCCUUCCUCCUGAUCCUGCGGGACAGACGGAACAAUGAAAUCCCAAGAAGUCCGCCAUCAGGCUGCAAGCGCAGCGGGGAGCUGAGGAGAACGCAAUCGCACGGCAUCUUCGAAAAUCUCCUCAUCGGCCCGUGUCAGAUAGCAAGCUUAGGCGUCUUUGUUUCUUCCAUUUGUACAACAACUACUGCGGCUCUAGGCGAGGCUUUAAGCUUGUCUUAGAUGCACCGCUCACAUUAUGCAAACAAGUAUGUCAAAGGAACCACACACCUGUGGGAUUUGCUAGUUAGAAGUACUUUUUUACCUCAAUGGCAAUUACAGUCUUUGUCCGGAAUGGAGCUGGU